AUGCAAAAGAACUAUGGGGAAGGAAACUAUUUAAUCACUGUUUUUGUCUUUCAAGAGUCUAUAAUUACAAAAUGCAAAAUAGGACCUUUUAAACUACCUAUGUUGUUUGAUGAAGACGAUUAUGGAAAUCAUGAAGUCAGUAUACAUCUAAAGGAAAAAAAGAUGCAUUUUAGUAUAAAUACAGUGAAAAAACUUGGACUAUAUCAACGUUAUAUUUCCUUCCAGGACUGUGAAGUUUUUCGAUGUGAAGAUUUAUUGGACGAAAGGAGGAUGAGUGGGAUUACUGAGCUCAAGGAGAGCCUAUUGUGUGCUAUCAGAAAUUACGUACCAUAUGGAGGCCUGGUUCACAAAAUUCAGAUUCUGCUUCUGGGUCCAGUUGGAGCUGGGAAGUCUAGCUUUGUCAACUCAGUGAAGUCUAUUUUCUGA